CAGCUGGAAAAGAAAUUAAAUUGCCGUGUAAUUGUAAAUUUAUGGGAUUGUAUUUAUUCAUUUCGCUUGGCAUAUGACAGCGACCUAUUUUACGCUUUAAACCAAUUUAAGCGAGAACAGUUGUGGCAGUGCGUCAAGAGAGGUUCGAUUUAAAUGGAGACGUGGUUCAACAUUCUUGGAUGGGUUCUUUCUAUCACUACAGUGGCAGGAAAUGGCUUUGUGGUUGGUAUUGUGGCCCAAACUCGUCGACUUCAUUCCACUGCAAACUGGUUUGUUCUGUCUUUGGCAGUGGCCGACUUUGGUGUUGGAAUCAUCGUUUAUCCUUUGUCAUAUUUUUGUUUAAGCUCAAUAGAGUGUAACCUUAAAGUAUACGUGGCGCUUUUCUGGUUUUUCCUUCAUUCGUCGGCCACAAAUCUUUGCGCAUUGACUUGGAAUCGUUACGUCGCAAUCGUUCAUCCAUUCAAGUACCACACGUCCAUGACCGAGAGACGUCCAGGGAUGGUCAUCAUGACCGCAUGGCUGAUUUCCUUUGCGAGUGCCUUGUCUCUUUUGGUGGGAUUAUACGCAACGCAGUCCCCCACUGCCCUGAAGAUCUUGCGAAUACUAAACAUCUCCAUCUUUGACAUAGUUUCCUGCGCGCUGCUUUUGUAUGCCGUUGUUCGUAUUCUCAUUGUGGCUCGGACACAGGCAAGCCAGAUGUCUGAAUUGGAGCUAAACGGAAGGCCCACCACGGAAGCAGAAGCCUUACGAAGAGGAAGACUGCGCAACACAGCUCUCUUCAUCAUCGCUAUCGUUGUGUUUUUCUUGGGAUGCUACGUAGUUGUAAGCGCCGUUACUCUUUGUGUGACUUUUUCCUCGUGUCAAUCUUCCGUUGCAGUUGGCCAGACCAUCGUUUGCCUACUCACUCUGAACUCCGCAGGGAAUCCUUUGGUAUAUGCGCUUUUAAAGAGGGAUAUGAAGAGAGAAGUACAGAGGCUUUUCUGCAGAGAACGCUUUAAUGAAGGAUUUGACACGUUAAAUCCAUCAAGUAGAAUGAGAACGUCAACGGCAUUAUAGAAAUGUGAAACAAGUGUCAUCCAUUAGUUUUUUUUUUAUGUAUCUUUUGUUCCUUCAUGUGGCGAUGUACAUUUCAAAGAUGCAGCAAGAACUGUGUUUCAAAAACUUAUUCAUUAUUGUAUUCUGUGUUGUUCUAUUAUUAGUUCACCUCUUUUUGUUCAUUUUGUUCAACUCAUUAGGGAAAAUUUAAAUUCAAAAUUGGUUCACGAAAAAAGAAACAAUACGUUUCCGGACUAUUUUGUAUUCCAACCGUAUAAUAUGAUUAAAUAAAAAGUAAUGGUGUGA